AGACAUCGCCCGCAGCCAUAUCAACCUGUCCAUCACCCAACACUUUGGAAACAAUCCAUCACCCACAUUCACACAAUCUUACAUACACUCAAAAUGCGUCCCUCAACCUACUUCCUCGCAGCCCUCUGCUCAUUAGCAAACGCCCUCCAAGCCAUAGACGUACCAAACCGCGCCAGCGAAGCCAUAGCAGCAGCCAACGCAGCCAUAAAGGAUCGCCGCGACCUCAACGCUUGCAACUCCGUCGCAACCUCUCUCCUGCCCAAGAUUACCGACGGCGUGCCUACGCCGCCCGCCGAUGUGGCCGCCUAUAUCGCGCUCUCAGUGACUGUUACGGACGCCUGCUCCGAUCCGAUCAUCACGGGGUCCAUCGGCUCCGCGUACUCGACCUACGCGUCGUCGUACACCUCGUGGAGGGACAAGCACAUUACCGACUUCCGCGCCCUGUGGCAGGCCUGCAGCGACGUUCCGGGCGCCGUUGACGUUUUGCCUACGGGUACGAACCAGUGUAGCUCCGUCGUGGCGCAGAUUACCAGCGCGGGGCCGGUCAACGGCGGCGGGUCGGGGGGCAUCGGAUCACACAAUGCUGCUGCUAGGCCUAUGGAGACUGGUGCUGUUGUUGCGGCGGCGGCUAUGGCUGGGUUCGUUGUUGCUGCUAUCCAGUAAGAGCUGGCUUGAUACUUGAGGCGUGCGCCUUUGACCGAAGAAUUGGAACCUGUAGGAAGGGAUGGAGGCGGGGAAUGGAAGGUUUUAUUGGCACUAGUUGAUACCUUGAUCAGGAGGAAGUAAUGAGAAUUAUGACAUUGCUGGGAUUUCACGGCCUUUUCAAGCAGUAUCAGAUGUGAAGGAGAAACACACUUGAUGCUUUCAUUCCCCUCGUUGGAGCUGUCCAUAUUGACUCCGUAUACGCCCGCUUCCAUCUGAUAUCUCAAUGUUUCCUCCCACAUGCCUCUUACGCACUUGACAUUAUCAUUAGGUUUGUUUC